ACCUGGUUGUAAUUGACAGCAUGGAAGAAUCUGAGUGGCUCGCUACGACAUUUCUUGUCAAAAACACUUGUCCUUCCGACUUAUUUGCUGACUGUACCGCCUGGACGGGUGGAAAUGACCUUGAGGUUGAAGGUCAAUACUGCUGGAAUGACUCUAACAUGACCAUGACCUUUACUUACUGGAAUCCAAACGAACCAAGCAUCAUUCAACCAACACAAGCUUACACCAGAGACUGCAUUGAUCUUCUAAAAACUGCCAAGUGGAAUGAUAGACCAUGCUCCUUUCUUAAUUCAUUCAUUUGUGAAAAAUCCCAUGUUUUCUAGAUAAAAUAUUCAGCAUAUGUCACAAAAC